AUGAUUAUAAAUUCAAAUAUUAAGAUCACACUUGAAGAAAGAUCAAACAAAUUAGAGCAAUCACAUAUUGAAAUUGGUUUAUUAAUUGGUCAAGAAAGUGAAAUUAGUGAACAACAAACUUUUGUUUUAGGAUUAUUUCCAACACCAUUAAAUAUUAGUAAUACAGAUGAUGAUAAUAAUAAUAAACCAAUUAAUAUUGAUUCAAUUUCAUCAAUUGAUAAAGAAUGGAUAUUAGAGUAUUGUCAUCAAGUUAAUAUAAUGUUGUAUGGUGGAAUUGAUAUAGUUGGUAUUUAUAUGAUUAUACCAGAUUCAGAUACUUUAAAUGAAAAAAAUAAUGAAUCAUUCAUAAUGAAACUCUUAAAAUCAAUUCAUACAAUUAUAAACUCCAAAUCACUUCAAUUCAUUUCAUAUUCUAAAAAAACUGGUUUAAUUAAUGGUAAAGCAACAAAUUCAACUCAGCUAUAUAGAUUAAAAUCAACAGAAAUUAAAGUUAUUAAUAAUUUAGAAAAUGAAUUUUUAUCAUUACAUUGUAUUUUACCAAUUGAUAUAAAAUUAAAAUCUAAAAAUGGAAUGAUAUCAUUUGAAAAUCUUAAAAAAGAUAUUAUAGAAAUUUUUGAAAAUCAAUUAUUUAAAGAAUCGACUCUAUUAAUUGAAAAUGAAUUUGUUAGUGGUAAUGAAAUAAUAUCACAACAAUUUAAAUCAAAAUCAAAAUUAAAUAUUGAUUUAUUAAUAAAUCAAUUAGAUUCAAUUUCAACUUCAUCACUUGAAUUUAAUUUUAAUAAUAAUAACAAUACUCAUUGUAUUGCUUAUAUUCAUCAACUUGAACAAAUUAAAACUGCAUUUAAAUUUAUUAAAAAAGAUAUCAUUAAAUCAGUAGAAUCAAGAUUUGAUUUAUUAUUUAAUGAAAUUUCAAGUAAUAAUAAUAAUAAUGAUAAUGAUCAAGAUAAUAUAAAACUUUCAAAAGAAUCACCAAUUUUAGAAUUACCAAGAAGAGUGAAUAUCCAAUGGUUAUCAAAUAAAAUAUCAAUUUGUGAUUAUUUAUCUUCAAAUGGAACAAUUGAUGAUUGUUAUAAAAUAAUUAAUGAUUUAUUACAAAUUACUUCUCCAAAAAUCAAUUCAAUUGAAUCUUCAAAAAAUAAUAAUAAUAAUAAUAAUAAUAAUAAUAAUAAUAAUAAUAAUAAUAAUAAUAACAAUAGUAAACUAUCAAAUAAAAAAGAAAAUAAUGAAAUUAAAGAAAAUAAAGAUACUCAAUCCAAUCUAACAAAAUCAACAUCACAGCAACAAACAAAACAAACUAAUAAUUCAUAUUUAAUUAUUAUAAUUUCAGUUUUAGUUUUAAUGGUAGCAUUUUAUUUUAAAUUUUUUGUUUAA